CUCUCAAUGUGGGUCUAAGCUUAACAGAUUUUUUUUUUUGCUUGGGUCAGCUAUCCAUCUAAAUUAAAUUAAGUGGUGGUUAGACGAGCUAAUUUUCCGAUGAACACCUCCGUCUAGUCGGGCGUGAUCUACAUAGGAAAAAAUAUAGCCUCUGAUACUUGCUUCUUUUGCUAACUUAAAUGUUUCUUUCUAGUAAAAUUUACCUUUUCUUCUUUUCUUAUUGAGAUCUAGAGAGAGAGAAGGAUCACACACACAUAAAGCUUUCCUCUGUCUCUGUUUCUUCUAGGAACUUGAAUGACAAGAACAAAAGAUAAACUGAAAUCAACAUACCAAUAACAAAACAAAACGUUUUGUUUUAGUGUGUGAUCAUAUAGAGGGGAAGAAGAUGCUGCAGAGAGCUGCGAGCAACGCGUACUCAUGGUGGUGGGCGAGUCAUAUCCGUACCAAACAAUCUAAAUGGCUCGAACAAAACCUUCAAGAUAUUGAAGAGAAGGUGCAAUACGUGUUGAAGCUAUUACAAGAAGACGGAGACUCAUUCGCCAAGCGUGCGGAGAUGUACUACAAGAAGAGACCAGAACUCAUAACCUUCGUCGAAGAAACUUUCAGAGCUUACAGAGCUUUAGCCGAGCGUUACGGCCACAUCUCCACCGAGCUUCAAAACGCCAACACCACCAUCGCCUCUGUGUUCCCCGACCAAGUCCCCACCUUCGCAAUCGACCACGACCACGAAGACGAAGAUGGAGAUCAGAAAGUCGAUAAAAGACAGAACCUCUCUGGUGCUAAUGCCCCCAACGCUCCAAAACUCCCUGACAAAGACUUGAAAGCCGCCGCCACCAAGAAGCUUCAGCAGAGGAAGUCCAUGAAGUACACAGGUGGUGCUACCAAUGUGGUUGUCAAGAGCUCGGGUCUGAGCAAGUCCGAGGCUAAAGAAGAGAUUGACAAGCUGCAGAAAGAGAUACUAUCGCUGCAGACGGAGAUGGAGUUUGUGAAGAGCUCUUACGAGAGAGGCUUGUCGAGCUACUGGGAGUUCGAGAAGAGCGUCAAGGAGAAGCAAGAGAGGAUCUGCUGUUUGCGAGACGAGUUCAGCGAGGGGGUUGUUGAGAUCGAGGACGAGGAAGCGAGGAGGCUGAUGACCGAGACAGCGGUCAAGUCCUGUAGGGAGAAGCUGGCGGAGCUGCGGGAGAGGUGGGAGAAGUCUUGCGGAGAAGCUGGAGAGGAGCGUGCGAAGUUAAAAGAGUCUAGAGAGAGGCUAAGGUCUAUGUCGAGUCGGCUUCUAGGUGAAGAAACUGUUGUAUUUGCUAAAGAGGAUGAUGAAGAGAUGGCUGAGAGAGUUGAUGAGCUUGUGAACAAAGUGAUUAGCUUGGAGGGUGCGGUUUCUUCGCAGAGUGCUUUGAUAGAGAGGAUGAGAAACGAGAGCGACGGUCUCCAGAUGCAGAUCAGUACUCUUGAAACCGAUAAGGCGGUGUUGGCAGAUGACAAGAGUGAUCUGAGGAGGAAGUUGAAGGAAAUGGAGGAGAGACUCGAAGCAGUGCAGGACUUGGAGAGGAAUGUUAUGGACAAGAGCAGCAAUCUUCAUAGAGAUUUUGAUGAAGCGUGUAGUAACCUCGAUGACUUCUCUACUGGGAAGUUGCACGAGGUGAAGGCGGAGAGCGAGUCUGAACAAACUCACGAUGUGAUAACAGUUGCUGAAGAUAUCAUCACUCUACGUAAAAGUCCACAACAUGUUGUGGAAUCUACUGAAAAAGUAUAUUCUGAGAAGAAAGAGUCUAUGCUUCUUGAUAAUGUUUUGGAGAAGCAAAUGUCUUUUAAAGGAUCUGAUAACACUUCCAAUAGCGAACCGGACUGGAAAGAGAUGUUCACCAAGGGAAUGGAGAACAGAGAGAAGCAUUUGCUUACCGAGUACACAACCAUUCUAAGGAGCUACAAGGACAUAAAGAAAACUUCAGACGAAACAGAAACAAAGCUGAAGACAGAGAACGCAACAAAAGACGACGAGAUCAAGCUACUAAGAGAGAAAAUGAGCCUCCUCCUGCUGCAGAAGGAUCUUUCUAAUACCAAUGACUUGUCUGAAACCACCCGCUUGUCAAACGACGACUAUUCCAUCCGAAUCACGGCGGUGGAAAACGAGAACAUGUCCCUUGUCGAAGAACAGUUCAGGCUGAACAUCGACGAGCUACUCGAGGAGAAUCUUAACUUCUGGUUACGUUUCAGCACGGCGUUCGGACAGGUACAAAGCUACGACACGUCGAUAGAAGAUCUCCAAGGCGAGAUAUCGAAGCUGGAGGGAUGCAGCAGCAGGGCCGUGAGAUCAGACGUUAGGCCACUUUACCUCCACUUACGGGAGAUAAACACAGACCUCGGCCUCUGGCUUGAGAAAGGCGCUGCGCUGAAAGAGGAGCUGAAAGCGAGGUUCGAGUCUCUAUGUAACAUUCAGGAAGAGAUCACAAAGGCCCUCAAGUCGAGCGCCGAAGACGAUGACUUCAGGUUCACGAGCUACCAGGCUGCAAAGUUUCAAGGGGAGGUGUUGAACAUGAAGCAGGAGAACAACAAGGUGGCUGACGAGCUGCAGGCGGGGCUGGAUCGCAUCACGGUGCUUCAGAUGGAGGUUGACAGGACUCUAGGGAAGGUGAACGAUGAGUUUGAUCUUUCGGGUUCGAAGAAGGGAUCGGAUCCUGGUGGUUUCCAGCAUUCGGAUAGUCGCUCGAGGGUGCCGUUGAGGUCGUUUAUAUUUGGCUCUAAGCAGAAGAGAGCUAAGCCGUCUAUAUUCUCGUGCAUGCAUCCUUCACUGUAUAGAAAGAUGAAGGCUUCUACUUAGGUAAGUAAACAUACAGAUUCAUAAACUGUAACUUUUAUUCAGAUUCAUGGAGGAUUUGGUUUUGCGAGAUUGAAACAGUAGUUUUGUGUAUUGGCUUGUCGUUUUUGAGUAUUGUUAGAUUGUUCACAGCUUCUAACUGGAGGAAACAAGAGGAAUGUCUCUCCAGUUUCUUUGUAUGUCUCAGAACCAUUAAAAGAGAAACAGAGUUUGUGUGUGUUUUAUUUGUUCA